AUGUUUAUCCGCCUCUCUACUGCUUUCGUCAUGCUUCUCGGCCUGACGGUCCUUGUCAGCGCUGAAGCACCAGUUCCUCGUGGGACUUAUAGACCCAGGGACCUUGAGAAUGAACCACCAGGAAACUACUGCGCGGGAUUGGGCCUUUAUGCAGAACCAGUUACAAGGGGGAACAUGGGUGGUGCUUACAAGUAUACGAGUCAAUUUGAGACGCUAGGUGCAUUGCCGACUGUUUGCCUGAAUCUGCGUGUCUAUCGAACUUGUGUGAAGUCCAACACCGGGGACAAGUACCUGCAGACAGCACAAGCGGAAUUGACAGAGUGA